CGCCUGCGUCGCCGGCAGGCAAGCAGCCGCUGCCGCAGCAGUGGAGCAGGCCGGUCGGUGCGUCUUGCCGUCGUCGGCGCAUCCGCUGUGGGUGUGCGUGCCUUCGCCGUGCGUGCGUGUGUGUGUGUGUUUUGUGUGAGUGCGGCGUCUCCCUAGCCAGCCAGCUCGGCGCAAGCAGCGGCAAGGUCGGCCCCCCAUCAACAUCGGCCAUGGGAGACGACGGAGGCGGCGGCGAGGAGCAGCUGUCCGAGCAGUUCACUUCGGGAUUCCGGCUACGAGCGCGCAAAGGCGCUCUCAAGAAGAAGAACGUCUUCGAAGUGAAGGACCACAAGUUCAUACCGCGCUUCUUCAAGCAGCCCACCUUCUGCUCGCACUGCAAGGAUUUCAUCUGGGGCUUUGGGAAGCAGGGAUACCAGUGCCAAAUAUGCAGCUUUGUUGUGCACAAGCGAUGUCACGAGUUUGUCACCUUCAAGUGUCCUGGCAAGGACAAGGGCGUCGACUCAGACGAUGCACGAACCAAGCACCAGUUUGUGCUGCAGACGUACACCAGUCCAACCUUCUGCGACCACUGUGGCUCGCUCUUGUACGGUCUCAUCCAUCAGGGCUACAAAUGCAAAGCUUGCGACAUGAACGUGCACAAACGGUGCCAAGAGAGUGUGCCGAACCUUUGUGGCUGCGACCACACCGAACGGCGAGGGCGUAUCCACCUGAAGGUUUCGGCAACCACUACGCGGCUCACCUGUGAAGUGCGGCAGGCACGGAACCUGAUCCCGAUGGACCCCAACGGCUUGUCGGACCCCUAUGUCAAGCUCAAGCUGAUUCCCGACAUGGGCGACUCCGCCAAGCGGAAGACCAAGACCAUCAAGGCCUGCCUCAACCCUGAGUGGAACGAGACACUUGUCUUCGACCUGAAACCCAUCGACAAAGACCGGCGACUGCUGAUCGAGCUGUGGGACUGGGACCGGACGUCGCGCAACGACUUCAUGGGCUCCCUCUCGUUUGGAAUCUCGGAGAUCCUCAAGUCGCCGGCGGAAGGCUGGUUCAAGCUUCUGACGGCCGAGGAGGGCGAAUUCUACAACGUGCCCGUGCCCCCCGAGAACCCAGCCCUGGCACAGGGAGCAACGCACCACCAGCAGUCGAGGCCGCGGUCGACACCGCAGGCCUCCUCGGACCUGAUCCCGCACAACAUGGGCAAGCAGGACGUGAUCCGAGCGUCGGACUUCAACUUCCUGCUCGUGCUGGGCAAAGGCAGCUUUGGCAAGGUCCUGCUGGCCGAGCGGCGUGGCACCGACGAGCUGUACGCUGUCAAGGUGCUGAAGAAGGAUGUCAUCAUCCAGGACGAUGACGUUGAGUGUGCUAUGGUUGAGAAGCGGGUGCUAGCGCUGGCAACCAAGCCCCCGUUCCUCGUGCAGCUGCACUCGUGCUUCCAGACAAUGGAACGACUCUACUUUGUCAUGGAGUACGUCAACGGAGGGGACCUCAUGUUUCAGAUCCAGCAGUGUGGCAAAUUCAAGGAGCCCGUGGCCGUCUUCUAUGCCGCCGAGAUUGCCGUCGGACUCUUCUUCCUGCACUCACGCUCCAUUGUGUACCGUGACCUGAAGCUGGACAAUGUCCUGCUAGACCAGGAUGGGCACAUCAAGAUUGCCGACUUCGGCAUGUGCAAGGAGGGCAUCCAGGGGGAGAAGACCACCAAGACAUUUUGCGGCACGCCUGACUACAUCGCCCCCGAGAUCAUCCUGUACCAGCCAUACGGGAAGUCGGUGGACUGGUGGGCAUACGGGGUGCUCUUGUACGAGAUGUUGGUCGGGCAGCCACCCUUUGAUGGUGAGGAUGAAGAAGAACUGUUCGCCUCCAUUACGGACCACAACGUCUCUUACCCCAAGGCGCUCUCCAAGGAAGCCAAGGAGGCCUGCAAAGGGUUUCUGACCAAGAACCCAGCACGGCGUCUGGGCUGCGGCUCAUCGGGUGAGGAGGAUGUGCGGACACACCCAUUCUUCCGUCGCAUCGACUGGGACAAGAUUGAGAACCGCGAGGUGCAGCCACCAUUCAAGCCCCGCAUUAAGAACCCCCGGUCCGGCGAGAACUUUGAUUCGGCGUUCACCCAGGCCAAGCUGAGCUUGAGCCCCGGUGACCCUCUCGUCAUGCGCAGCCUGACUGGAAACGAGUUUGAGGGCUUUACCUUCGUCAACAGUCGAUUCUGCGGCUCCUGCAGCUUCUAACCUUGUUUACCUCCUCGCACACGUGCCACCUGCGCCCUCUGUGUUUAAGCCUUUUUUUUUCCUGCACCGCUGGCUGACGGCGGCACUUGCUGCUUUUGCAGCAGUCUUUUGUUCUUUUUUUGCUAUUUAAUUUUGUUUUCUGUUUUUGUUUUUUUUUUUUGCUGCCGGUGUUACUGUGGCCUGCACUGGCAUGCACCAUGCUGCCAAACUAAAACCUGGCUGGCAAUUUUGCACUCGAUUAACCCUCACAGGAAAUGGAAUAAACCGUGGUUUUGUGGGGUCUGACUUGUGAGAGAGUCAGCAAAGCAUUCAAGUUUACAGACAGAAUAUGCGAGCUGUGUACCACAGGAGGGUGGUUUUGGAAACAUGUAAAGGGUGAGCAUAAUGACCAGAGGUAGGUGGCUUGCACAUGAAAUCGCACUGUCACGGACACCAUGUUUCAGCACAAUUCAGAGCUUUUGCAGUAAUACUGGAGGCAAACUAGAAAUAACUGGACCUGCCUAAGUCACUGACUUUCACUGUGUGAUUGCUCUUCAAGCGUGUGAUCUGACCUGAGAUGUCAUUGAAAGCAAUCUAUAGGUAGGAGAGCUGUCUAUUUUCUUUUUAGCUUUGAUCGUUUUUGUUGCACCAUACAUGUGUGCUGUGAGCCAAUUAGAUUUCCCAGCAGCUUGAGUAAGGAUGACAAGGUUCAAUGUCAUUGUUGGCUCUUCACAAAGAGCAGGAGCACAUUCGGUAAAACUGAUGUCUCGGUGUUUCACUACAUACUCCCUUAAUUGCCAAAAGUGAAAUGAUGAUCUCAUGGUGUUGGUAAUGCGAGUUCAAGAGAUUAAUGUAUAUAGCUGUACACAUAGAUUUUACUGAGUGUUGUGCAAGAGGCAUAUUUGAAAUGGAAAGUAAUGUUAGACUUGUUUUCAUAUCGUGCUGCUAAUGCCGGAUGACUUGUCCAUCUUUGCUUUCGGCAGGAAAGGCAACAUGGAGGCAAAAUGUAAUCAAACGCUGUUCACAUGGAGGGUUAGUAGGUGUGCAGUUGGAAUAACGAUUGGUCCGAAUCGCACUUUAACAAGUAUUUAUUGAUUUGCUCAAUUGCUUUGUCUGCCAUGGGAUACUUGCUGCCAAAGCUGCAAUGAUGGACGGGGCCAGAAGUGCCAAGACGACCCUUCAUUGCUUGGAUGCCUUAUAUCACCUUAUUUAAGUAUACGUUAUAGCCACCAGCAGGAGUUGUAACAGCAUUCUGUGGUAUGUACCACUACCAAAAACAUUGUACUCAUGGGAUAACAGCACAUUAAGGUGGUGCUAAAGGGUCAGCCACUGGAAUAGUAUUUCUCAGGCCUCUUGCACGUGGAUAGAAGCACAGGCUUGUUUUGGCUGCAAACGGUUGACCAGUGAGAGCUGUAAAAAAAAAAAAUGUGCCCUUGAGAAGCUACUACAGUGAACACCGUUGUAUUAACAAUGUUGCUGGUGUUGUUUGCCUUAGCGGAUUCCUUCUACGGAUAUGUACUACCGUAAUUUUUUGACAGGUGACUGAGUUUAAGAGUGCCUGUGCAGCGGUGUUCAGGAUCAGUACUCUCGCGUGUUCAUUUUCCCAAGACCCGGCACCAUGUGUGUCGAAGUAUAUGGCUCACCGUUCUUGACACUGUGUGAGGAUAGCGAGCUUGGCAUAAUGCAAAAAAUGAUCAGUCUGCCCAGUCAUAUGAUAUCCGCGAGAGUGGUUGUAUUCCCAAAAGUGAUCACUCUAAAGUAUUGUUGAAGCUUGCCCGUAAAAGGCAGCUGCUUCAUCAGUAGUAUCGGAGCACUCCUUGAAUGAAGCACCUGUCCUGUGUUCACAGCUCUGUUAAUAUGGUAUGUCUUCUUUUUUGUGAUUGAAACAAUCUUUACGAACAGAUGGAAAUCAUUGUUCGAAGCCUGCAUAUGGUUUGAAACUUAUUUGUAUCUCACCGAAUUAUAUUUGUGCACUUUGGUUUUAAAAGAUGUCUAUCAAUCCGCAUAUUAAGGGCAGUGUUGUAUCGGUAUGGAACGUCACUAUGAUGAUUUGCAUAAUGAAUGUGCACCAUCUGUCUUCGUAGGCUACAGUCACCUCUUUACAGCCGCUGCAUUUUCACUGUGGGCUGCUCUAACUUUACAAAAUGUAUUCAUUGUUUUAAGUAGUGCCGCCCUGUGAGCUAUUGACUGCAGUUCAUUGGAAUGUAGUUACACUGAGCUAUAUGUGGUGCAUUGCGCUGCAAGAUAUGUGUUCACUUGUUACUGGAUAUAGUCAGAAGCCAUAUUGGAAUGCUUUUGUUGUGUGUCAUGCGUGUGUUAUUAGUUCCCACUGCACAAAUUAGUCGACGGAAGCCUAAUAAGCAGCGUUCAAACAAUUGGCGUGAUGAAAGCAGCACUGCACCACCCAUCCCCCGACGGCUGUCUCAGGUCAUGCAAAAUAUGAAAUGGUCGACAGAAUGGUAAUGUGUACUGGCCAAGCUUCAUAGGAGCAAUGGACAUGAGAAUUUGUGCAAAUAUGGUCAAUCUGAAUAUUCACAAUAUUUUGCCAAUUAACUUUUAAUUUAAGAAUUUCUUGGAUAUGUUGUAAUUGCAGAAUUAAAGUCGGCAAGUACUCCAAGCGUAACUUUUUGUUGGAACUUGAAAGAAAUGGCAUGAAAGAAGUCGAUACAUAAAAGUAAUGCAAACAUAAAGAUUAACAUUAAACUACGCACAUGUGGUACCUUGUCCAAUGUCUCAUCUUCUUUUCUGCCUUAUUUUCUUGCAAGGUGAACCCGCACCAAUAGAGCAACAAUUCAGUUUUCCUAGGAUCUGUGUGCCUUGCCUUAGUUUCAGAAAAUUAGUGCUCAAUAUUUACAGUGGAAUGCUUUGUCAUUCCACAUGUAAUGUUUUUAACAGGAGAAAUGCAGUGCAAUAGAUUAACUGGAUUAGCAAUGCAUUUUCACGGCACAUAUUCAGUGUGUAUUUCUUGGAACUGGUGUCGUAGGCAGUACCUUACAUAAAAUGGUGCUAAAUUUGGGCAGUAGUGGACUUCAGUUCUGCAGUUUUAGCAUGCCCCAUAAAAUAAAUUGUUAAAAGUUAAUUAGUGAAAUGUCUCUGCUAUAAUGCAUGUUACCUUCAAUCUUUUUUUGAACUCUGGAGUGAUUACGUAAAGUAAUUGUUGCAGAGGUAAGAGUAAGAUGAAUUCAGAACUGUACAGAAGUGACUUAACCAUAAUCUUGACGUCGGCUUCUGGAAGAAUUGUCAUUAAUAUUAUCUAGAUCAUUGUAUCAUAGACUGAAAAGCACUGUCAGUUGCGUUUUGAAUAGCCCAACUUGUCUUUAAAAUCUAGAAUUGAGCAUUGAUGAACAUGCCAUUCUUUUAAUGUUAGUCAUCUCUGUACAAGCAAAUAAAAAACAUUUUUUUACGAAAAGACUAAAGAGCUUUUCACAUUUGUAACCUUGCACACUGUUGUAUAAGUCAACCGUAAGAGCGAAUGUCUCAGAGCUGUCUUCAGGUAUGAUCAUGAUAUAAAUUCACUAUUGCCUAUUGUCACUCUAAUUCUAAUGUCCGGCACUUGUAUGAAGCCUGGUCAGAAUGAUAGUUUUAUUUUGAAUCCCUCAUCUUUAAUUCUGGUCACAAAAACUCGUGUAUUCUGUACAUGGGUCACUAGUAGUCUAGUGGGCCAUUGGUGGUGCAGCUGAAAUGCAGCCACUUGGAUUUGGGAGCUUGCCUGGUGAUAGCGUUUUACAGAAACCUUAAGCCUAAUUCCCCACCAUACUACUCCGGAACCCUACCAAGCCUUGAAAGUUUAUGCAGGUGGUGGCGUUGGUGUGAACCUAGAUCUGUGUUUUUUUUUCUCUACACAAUACUCUGCCCAAGCCCCCAGUGGGUUUUCGGCUGGGAAUGCCUAUUACUUCCCAGUCAGAUAUAUGUACUAUUCAGAAUCAAGGGCACAAUUUUUUUCCCCAAUUGCACUCCUAGAGAAGAUAUUCAUUCCUUUCUUGAAGUCUUCUUGUCGCCCAUUCUAUCACAUGCAUUUGUCUGCUGUUUUUUCCCUUAAUGAUUCCACCGGCAAAUUUAUUGUACUGUCAGCAUAAAUUGAAACACGAACAGGAAGUAACUGACGAGAAUGUUUGUUGCUCGUAAUUACGUGCAAGUGCGACUAGUGAUUUAUCUGCAGUCGCUUCAUAAAUGUGUAGUAGUCUAAAGUGUACAUUUUGGGUUAUGAAUCACACUGUUAAAAAUGCAGGUGAACCCAUGGAGAUGGAAGAACACAUCAAAAGUAUAGUUACAGAAUUGUUUGCAUUUUAAUUUAUGCUGAAGUGCACGCGGUUUAAGAAUCGCGGGAUGGCAGAGCUCAUUUUCUGUUCUCAUGUGUGCAUGAUGAGAGGAACUGCCGCCAUUCAUUUUAAUGGCGGUACAUACCUCGGAGAUAUUGUACCAAAUGUUGUUGUUCAAGGGAAGGGUGUUAAAGCUCUUUCAGUUGUCUAAGGGCUGGGGGAUUGGUGCAAAAAUUUCGCUCAGAGGUAUGGUUUGAUGGUGUGUCUCGUUUAAUUCUACACUGUGGUGUAGCCGCAUUUCCCGGUGCACCUAAGCAACAAUUAGACAUCAGUAUAUGUGUUCUUCGCUGCAUUCUUAUGUUGCCACUGACAUGUAGUAUGUAUCGUCUAUAGUGUUUGCGGGUCAGAUCUUUAAUAUGAAGGAACGUGGUGACGCCAUGUGUCCUUAUGUCUUGGAACUCAUUUCGCAUGUACAACCAAAUUCAUAGUGGUUUGGUCUUGCAAGUGAUAGAUGGCACCACCGUUUCAUUAACUUUUAUUAAUAUUUGUGACUAUAACUUAACUAAGCAUUUAACUGAGGUUUGUGCUUUUCUUUCCUUUUUAGCUUAACAUUACCGCAAACUAGGCAUGCAGUUUUGGUCGAUGGCGAAUGAAACGCAGAAGUACUGCCGCCAAACGUGGUUUAUAACAGAAACAGGCCAUCAAAUGCUGCCUGUGUGCGAAUUUUUGCACGAACGAGAAAGCAGAUUUGUGGGAAAAGCAAUUUAAAGCUGUCUCUGCGAACUAAUCAGCAUUGAGUACUGCCAGGACCAGACUGAAGAUUAGUGCCGCUCAAGUUUUGACGUCAUCACCGCUCAAGUAAACUGUUACGGCGCAUAUUAGCGUACUGUUACGCGGGCAUCGUAGCAGGCAUUACAAAGUGUGCAGGCAUGCAUCUGUGCGACACUUUCCACAACUUGCUAAGAUGGUUGUUAUUACCUUUGUGUUUACAUGAUGGAUUUACCAGAUGAAAUAUAUACAGUUUUGUUGCGUUCAA